AUGUGGAUUGAGCAUUGGAGGAGGAUCGGGGGAUCAAACGACGCCGGAAGCUGCGACCUCGCCAAGGGAGAUAAAGAGAUCUCCCACUCCAGUGAAAGAGAGAAGACGCAGGUCAAACAUGUCAAGGAGGAUGAGAGAGGCUCUUGGAUGUGGCGAAAACUCUUGAAGCUGAGGCCGCUGGUGUAUGAGUUUAUGAGGUUUGAGUUGCGUAUGGGAAGACUUAUAGACAUCACGGGUAACGUCGGAACUUUUUAUCUGGGUAUAGCUCGCAAUGCUCGGGUCAGUGAUGCAGCUAAACAAUCAGAGUGGAGGGUUAGGGGACAGAGAAGCCAACACUAUCAUGAGCUUCAUGCCCGUAUACAGGCUGAGCCGGUACCAGAUGAAGAACGAGGGGGAGAUGUAGUGCUAUGGAAACAUUCAGAUGACAACUAUAAGACAUGUUUUUCAUCAGCUAAAACAUGGGAUCAAAUUAGAGACCGAAGGCCUGUAGUAUUCUGGAGUAAGAGUGUUUGGUUCACACAAGGAGUGCCAAGGUUCUCCUUCAUUGUUUGGUUGGCUGUGAAAAACAUAUUAUCUACCGGUGACAGGAUGAGAGCUUGGGGGAUUCAGCAGGGUUGUGUUCUUUGUGGAGAGAGUGAUGAGACUAGAGACCAUAUCUUCUUCCCCUGUCCCUACUCAUUUACGGUAUGGGAUACUCUUGCGAACAGACUUACAUGUAGCAGAACUGAUCCAGAUUGGAUGCAUACUGUGCAGUUUGUGAGCAAUAACAACCUUCAGCUGCUAGACAAGAUCCUGGUAAAAAUGGUCUUUCAAACCUGCAUCUAUCAUGUGUGGAAGGAAAGAAAUGAGAGGAGACAUCAGACUGGCUAUCGUACAGUGCAACAAGUGGUUCGAAUCGUCGACAAGGCAGUGAAGAAUAGAAUCACAUCCCUUCGGUAUAAGUCUGAGCAUAAGUUGGCUGGACUGAUGCAGAGAUGGUUUGCGGUCACAGGAUAA